AUGUCGUGUCCUGUCCCCCACCACAAGGACACCCCCACCCCGCCCGGCCACCCUUCCGUCGCCGCCGCCCAGGCUUCCGACGAGAAGAAUGGCGAUGUGACUCCCGGCUUUGAGCCCAACGCGCCCGCGUCCGUUAUCCCCAGCGACCAGCUGACCCUCGAGGGCCUGCUGUACGAGAGCGGCGCUGGAGACGGCAAUAAGCCGGCCUCUGUCGACGAGUGGCCGCUUCCCGAGGAGCUGGACUUUACGCGUCCCGUUUCCGAGCUGCUCCGCAAGGGCACUCAGCGUGCCCACGUUGCCGCCGAGCACAGCGAGGGUGCUGUCGCGCUCACCAACGGCCAGCUCGAGCUCCAGGAGUACAUUCGCUGGCUCGCGCUUCUCUGGCGUGUUUACGACGCGCUCGAGCAGGGCCUGGCGGCGCAUGCUUCCAACACGGUUCUUGCUCCCACCUACGACCCCACUCUCCUUGCCCGUGCCCCCGAGCUCGCCGCGGACAUCAAGUUCCUGCUCAAGCGUCUCCCCAAGGACCUGACCAAGGAGAGCAAGAACCCCCUCGCGUCCAACCCCUCCGUCCCCCUCCCUCCCUUCCCCCUGCCCCCUUUCCUCGAGGAGGUGUUUGUGAUCACUCCCCCAGCUCUCCGCGUGUACAUGGACCGCGUCAACGAGCUGGCCGCUAGCGAGGCCACUGCCCCCCGCCUCCUUGCCCACGCCUACGUCCGCUACCUCGGCGACCUGAGCGGUGGCCAGAUCAUCGGUGCCCGUCUCCGCAAGGCGUACAACCUUCCCGGUCUUGACGGCCGUCGUUUCUACUACUUUGACGUUGCCAUCACUGGCGACGACAAGGCGGCCGUCGUGGCCGGCGAGGAGACUGUCGGCGAGCGCAAGAAGAAGCUCAACGACGUCAAGGUGUGGUACCGCACGGGCAUGGACGAGGGUGCCGGCGAUGACGAGAAGCUGAAGGCGGCCCUUGUGCGCGAGGCCAACGUCGCGUUCGUCCUCAACACCCACCUCUUCUCGCUCAUCACCCCUCCCCCGGCCCCCGGCAAGGAGCUGAGGUACUUUGAGAAGCGCCAGCGCGAGGAGGCCCGCCGCCUCGCCCUGCACCCCCACAAGCCUCUCACCUGGACCGAGUUUGCGCUCAAGUUUAUGCGCUUCAUCUUUGCAUGCCUCUUUGGCGUCUUUGUCACCCACGCCAUGAUCCCCACUCUCUGGCCCCAGAUCGCCCCGUGGUUCCACGGUACCGUGGUGCCAGUCCUCAACGACAAGGUCAUUCCCUGGUGGGACGAGAACGGACCCAUUGUCAACCGACACCUGAAGCGCGCCACCCGCCAAAUGUUCUAA